UAUAUACCAAUCUUCCCAUUCAUAUAAAGUCAUUCAAGUGUACUUGUUUCUAAAAUAAGCUUCUAUUUUCUUGAAGCCCAAGUGAUGAAUUUCUGUGGCAUGUUGUUCUAUAUAUAAAUAUGCAUGACAUCCACAGAUUAUUCAGGCCAAAACAAAAAAGAAAAAAAAGAAAAGAAAAGAAUAGCAACAAAUAUUCAUUUCGACAAGCAGCAGCUUGAAAUUAAAUGGCCCAAACAAAUGAAAAUGUAGUUUCCAUGGAGAAGGAGCUGUCUGUGAAGCAAGUCACAAGAAGAGGUGGUGGGCAAGUAAGCAGAGGAGACCAAGACCAACCUGCAGAAAUUGAGCAAAGUUCGAGAGUGAGUAUUCCUAGGGAGGAGAGACUCAAAAAAUUUAUGGAAGAAGCAGCUGAAGAAGAAAGGUCAUCAACUCAAAAUGCCAAACCAAAGAUCCAAAGGGUUCCCUUCAUGCUCCAAGAUCACAAAAAUUUCCAAAAAUACUACGAGCCAAGGGUAGCUGCCAUCGGUCCUUUCCACCAUGGUAAACCAAAGUACGAGCAGGCAGAGAAAGUCAAGCGUCACUUAGCUGCGAACUUUGUCAAAGACAGUGGACAGAAUGAAGCAGAUUUGCUCAAGAAGGUUGAGGAGAACAUCAAGAGACUAAAGGAGUGCUAUGAUGAGGAAGCAACAAAGAAGUAUGAUGAUGAUUCCCUCGCGUGGAUGCUGUUCGUUGAUGGGUGUUCGACGCUGGAAUUCAUAUACAAAUAUGAAAAGUUAGAAUCUUUUAAGAUCAAAAGAGACCAGGUGGCCUUUGCAGAACAGGACAUGUUCUUGCUAGAGAACCAACUUCCUUAUCAACUCCUGAAGCUGCUGAUGAGCUCGAGCAGCAAACAUGAGGAAUUGAAGGAGUCAAUUGAGAGGUUUGUUCAGAUGCACGGCGUUGCACCACCAGAUGAGAACCAGAAGUCACAACAAGAUGCACGAAAGCCGGAACAAAAGCCACCACAACCGGGAGCAGGCUUAGCACGACCCGGGCAACAUCCUGCAGUCACAAACAUAAAUAGGGAAGAGAAUCAACAUUCUCAAAGCAUAGCAAUAACCAUCAAACCAAAGCCAACUGAACCAGAGCCAACUCAUCUUCUUGAGCUUCUGCUGACAAGAAUGCUAGGAUAUGCACCUAGAAAAAGUGAGCCAAGUGUCAAUCUUGGUGCCCAAUCUUUUCGUAAUGUACAAGAGCUUCAGGCAGCCGGGAUCCAUUUUAGGCCGAGGAAGGAGGGCAGCUUAUUGGGCGACAUAGAUUUUAAGAGCUAUAUAUGCUGUGGGUUCCUUUAUCUUCCUAAAAUAAAAGUAGACGAUUCUAUGGGGCCUAAAUUCAUGAACUUGAUAGCCUACGAAAUGUGUCCCGAUUUCCAGAACGAUUUCGGGGUCACCUCUUACAUAAGCUUCCUGGAUUCGCUCAUCGAUCAUCCGGAUGAUGUGAAGCAUCUGAGGAAAAAGCACAUACUUCGAAACUUACUUGGGAGUGACGAGGAGGUGGCUCAACUCUUCAAUGAGAUAGGCACUGACUUGGUGCCUAACAAUGCAAUUUACCGCAUUGUUAAAAGUAAGAUAGAAGAUCACUACCAGACCAUGUGGAAGAAAUGGGUGGCUCAAUUCUUUCAUGAACAUUUCAGCAGCCCCUGGACUAUCCUGGCUUUCAUUGGUGUUCUCUUAGGGCUUGGGAUGACCGCUGCUCAGACUUGGUACGCCGCCAAUUCUAGUACCCCUCCAUGUGAGGCCUUACUUGAGUACCUGAAAGCGCACAAGUACUAAAAGGACUACGUACUUCAGCCUUUUUCAGGUACUAAAAAUACAUUUGCUGCUUUGCAAUUUGUGUGCUGCAAGGUUCUGUACGUCCCCCCAAUUACGACUUCUUCUAGAGGUUUUCACAAGUCAUAGCUUCUCAAGGGUCCUCUCUCCAUUUGGUAUUUUACUGUCACUAUCAGCAGAUGUGACUAAAAUAGGGCAAGUUGAACAUGUGUGCUUUUUCUCUUAAUUUGGUCGAACUUUUUCUUUGAUUUUAGUUGAAAUUUGUGUGUAACAUGCUUAUUGUAAGUUGUCAUUUCAUAAUCGAUGUGAUUCUCGGAUAAAAAAAACAAUAAAUAAAUAAACAAUUUGUGAUCAAGUGUGGGCCUUUGUUGUAAUUAACAUGUUGGAAGC